UUUCUAAAGCAGUUAUUCUCGUUAAAUAAGAACAAUCAAUGAAACAAUUUAAAAUACAAUUAAAAAAACCUAAUGUAAUGACAGAAGAGUAAUGUAAUCUUCACAACGUCCACGUUACACUGCAUGCACACAGAUGGGAUGUAGAUGGCGUUGUGCUAUAAAAAGCAAGUAAAAACCAGUUCCAGGCAAUAAAGAAAUGCACAAAAGGCGUCAUAGCAACCGUCUCAUGAUCCACUCAAUGUGACGUUUCGGGAGCAUUUUAAGAGCAGAAAUAAAUAUUUCAAUAAGCAAAAUGUUUUUCAUUGGCUUUUGAUAUGUAAAUUUCCGUUCUUUUUUUCUAUUUUGUAGCUCUUUUUUUUGCAAAAUGAAAUAAAAUUAGAUUAAUUUUAUAAGGCUAAAACCCUUCUAGAGGUUAGAAAACGGUUUGAGGAAUGCUGGAAGAAGAAAUGGGGAAGGAGAGAGUAACACAUGCGCACAGCAUCCAACUUCAGCAGCGAGCGCUUCAUCUUGUCCGGUCAAUUGGAGCAGUACGCCUAAAAGUAGGCAAACCCCCAAGCACACAAAGCAUCGUGUAUCGGCAGGUAAAACGGAAAUGGAACAGCAAAGACGUUAGCAGUGAAUGUGAUGGACUGUUUCAAUUGGUCAGGAAAUUGAAUGUCACUUUAUAUGGUGAAUUUAUAGUAAAGCGUACCAUUUCUUCUCAUACGCGCAUACACACGCACACCCUCCCGUUCCGUGCAUUCUCUUUCUCUCUUUCCACGAUUCGAUCAUCUGCACCACGUACCAUCAGUGUUCCGUUUGCAACGAUGCAAAUCCAGAGCAAUAUACAGAGCGUCAACUCCAUCUUCGGCUGCAACUCGUCCGGCCACAGUGGCAUCAACCAGCUUGGCGGUGUGUACGUGAAUGGGCGGCCGCUACCGGACUCGACCCGACAGAAGAUAGUCGAGCUAGCGCAUUCCGGCGCACGGCCCUGUGACAUCUCCCGCAUACUGCAGGUUUCGAACGGGUGCGUCAGCAAGAUACUGGGCCGCUACUACGAGACGGGUUCGAUCAAACCGCGGGCAAUCGGGGGCAGUAAGCCGCGGGUCGCCACUGCCGCGGUAGUGUCGAAGAUUGCAGAAUACAAAGCGGAAUGUCCGAGCAUUUUUGCGUGGGAAAUACGCGACCGUCUACUGUCGGAGGGCACCUGUAACAACGAUAACAUACCGAGCGUAUCAUCCAUUAACCGUGUGUUGAGAAAUCUGGCCUCCAAUAAGGAAACAUCAUCGCAAAGCAAUGAGACGGUGUACGAGAAAAUUAAGCUAUUCAAUAACACCAGCGGACACUGGACCUGGUGUCAGAAUAUUGGUAGCGGUCAGUUUAACUUUUCCUCCCAUCCCAUUCCACACCUGUCACUGAAAACUUCCACCGAGCAACCAUCAAAGCCAGCAAACUGCUGCCUGGAGGAGAUGAGUGACAAGUACUCGUCCGAAGACGACGAAGACUCCGAGCUGCGGUUGAAGCUGAAGCGCAAGCUGCAACGCAACCGCACCUCGUUCACGAACGAGCAGAUCGAAAACUUGGAACGAGCAGAAUUCGAGCGCACCCACUAUCCGGAUGUGUUUGCGCGGGAACGAUUGUCCGAGCGGAUUCAGCUGCCGGAAGCACGCAUACAGGUAAUUGUUCUGUACCCACACUGGUGUACAGUAUCGGGUAAUACAGGUAAUAUUGCAAUCCUUUCGAGUACCGUUUGAUAACCGAUAGCGCAUUUUGUGUGAGUACGGAUUGAAUUUAACAGUUAUUUAGGUAAGUAAAUGAGUAACGUAAACAGGUUAUGUAUAAGGCAGAUCUUCAGAGUGGAUCUCCAGAACACUUCAGAACAGAGCGGAAAGUAACGUAUUUUGGACCGAACUGUGGCGGGAUACUAAUGGUACAAGGUAAAUUACUAAUAAAUGAAGAUUGCUCUAAACAGAAAUGUCAACGAGACUGAAGAACACGUGAUCAGGUGUGACAGCUGUGAACUAGCCAGUACCUGAGAGUCGUACCUGGGAGAAAGUUGCUUACUUAAAGAAUGUAAAAUACUCCAACUACUAUCUAAAACUUUUUAAAAUAAUAGUAACUGAAGAACAAGCAAAUAAUAAACGUGUAUUAUUUAUUCCGUUACUGAAUGUUACCGAAGACAGAUGACAAGUCGGUAAAAUGGUUGACACC